AUGAGCGAUAUCGUUCCUGAAUGUGAUUUUAAUAUUGGCAGCGAAAAGUCGCCAAUUUCCGAUUAUGAAACGAAAAUAAGUGAUAGCGAUAAUGCGGAUUUUGGUGUUAAAAACGUUGAUAACAAUUCUAAUAUGAGUUUAACUCUUGAUAAAAAUGCAGAUAUAAAUAUAACUAAAGAAAUAGACAGUGUUGACGAAAUUAGUGUUGGUGUGGAAGAACUAAGUUUGAAUAAAGACAGCGAUGUUUAUAGUGAUUCUAGUUUAAAAAGUGAUAAUUCGGAUAGAAAGAAAAAGGGUUGGCGCAAACCCAAGUCCAGAACAGUGAUGCCCGUCGUCGGCUCCGCGGCGACGAACAGAGAAACUCAUGCGCACGACACCACUGAUCACAGGGACGACGAGGCACUUCAUAAUGGAAAGGAUAAAGACGCGAAGAAGAAAAGCAAAAACAAAGAAGAUAUCGCUUCAGUGCUGAUAGAAGGCGUGCUGUUCCGAGCGAGGUAUCUCGGCUCCACCCAAUUGGCCUGCGAAGGUCAACCCACCAAAGCCACCAGGAUGCUGCAGGCCGAGGAAGCCGUUUCGAGGAUAAAGUGGGGGUGCGAGGGGCCCUACGGCGGGGUGUACGCGGCCCCCGCGGCCGUCUUCAGGCUCGCCUUCCUCGGGUCGGUCGAGGUGGACGAGGACUCGCGGCGCAGGAAGAGGCGCCCCAAGAAGCACAUGGUCGAGGAGGCCGUCACCAAGAUCAAGGCACCGGAGGGUGAAAACCAACCCAGCACCGAAGUCGACCUGUUCAUAUCGACGGAAAAAAUAAUGGUCCUAAACACGGAACUGAAGGAAAUCAUGAUGGACCACGCGUUGAGGACCAUCUCGUACAUUGCCGAUAUCGGAGACCUCGUGGUGCUGAUGGCGAGGAGACGGUUCGUGCCUCACGAGAGUGACUCGGAUCAACCAAAGUUGAACCGCACACCCAAGAUGAUAUGCCACGUCUUCGAAAGUGAAGAGGCUCAAUUCAUCGCUCAAUCGAUCGGACAGGCGUUCCAAGUGGCCUACAUGGAGUUCCUGAAGGCGAACGGCAUCGAAGAUCAUAGUUUCGUCAAAGAAAUGGAUUAUCAAGAGGUUUUAAACAGUCAAGAGAUUUUUGGUGAUGAGUUGCAAAUGUUCGCCAAAAAGGAGUUACAGAAGGAAGUGGUGGUGCCGAAGAGCAAGGGCGAGAUCCUGGGCGUGGUGGUGGUGGAGUCGGGCUGGGGCUCCAUGCUGCCCACCGUCGUCAUCGCCAACCUGGCGCCGGCCGGGGCGGCCGCCCGCUGCUCGCAGCUCAACAUCGGCGAUCAAAUAAUCGCGAUCAACGGCGUGAGCCUCGUCGGUCUGCCUCUGUCGACCUGUCAGACGUACAUAAAGAACUCGAAAAACCAGACCGUGGUGAAAUUGACUGUGGUCCCGUGUGCGCCCGUCGUCGAAGUCAAGAUUAAGAGACCCGACACCAAAUACCAGUUAGGAUUCAGCGUGCAAAACGGUGUGCGUUCUCCGAGACAAUCAAGCCUGAACGUAAAGGCGCGUUCAGCGGGUGGGGCAUCUCAAGACAUCAAUCGAGAUGAACUCGCGGAGCAGUGGAGGGCCGUGCCUCACGAACGGAUCGUCGAGCGUUUGCGGCGACGUCCGUUGGCGAUGUUUUUAAAAUUCCAGCUUUCGAUGACUGGCGAUUAA